GGCGGAGGCGGCGGAGAAGUGAUGCUGGCACCGGGCAUCCGGGCAGCGGCAGCGGAGCAGCAGCAUCUCCGGGACCCCGGCUGCAGCGUCCCUGUGGCCCGCGGGCCAGCCGAGCGACGGAAGACCACGCGCCCCACGGAACCAUUAGAGACGCCUCAAGAACAGCUCAGCCUGAGUGAAGAGAUUUUGUGAAAUCACAGAUGCUUUACCCUGAGAGGAGUGCAAAAGUUUUCAUUAUAAGGAUUCUGCAGUUUGCUAAGCAGCAGCACCUCCUGGCAUGAGCCACUGAAAAUCUCUUCAUCACACUGAAAUCAUCUUUUGUUUCCUGCGUGGCCCAACAGAAUUAAGAGGAAGAUUUGUGAGGCCUGGAGCCUUCCAUCAGGUUUGGAAGGAAGAAGAGUGAAUGCAGAGGCAGCAGAGUGCCACUGAGACCCACGGACAAUCCCACACUCAUACUCCUGUAUUGACCUUUUAGAUUUAUUUGUAAUAUGCAGCCUCUGCAAGAUGAGCAAAAGCUAAUGCCAGCAAGGCCUAUUCUUCAGUAUUUGGAGUAGACGUGCUCGCAAGACAAUGGCUUCAAAGGUCUCAUGUUUAUAUGUUUUGACAGUCGUGUGCUGGGCCAGUGCUCUCUGGUACUUGAGUAUAACUCGCCCCACUUCCUCCUACACUGGCUCCAAGCCCUUCAGCCACCUCAUAGUUGCUAGGAAAAACUUCACCUUUGGCAACAUAAGAACUCGGCCUAUAAACCCACAUUCUUUUGAAUUUCUUAUUAACGAACCCAAGAAAUGUGAGAAAAAUAUUCCUUUCCUUGUUAUUCUCAUCAGCACUACCCACAAAGAAUUUGAUGCCCGCCAGGCAAUUCGAGAGACUUGGGGAGAUGAGAACAACUUUAAAGGGAUAAAGAUCGCAACACUUUUCCUCUUGGGCAAGAACUCUGAUCCUGUUCUGAACCAUAUGGUGGAGCAAGAGAGUCAAAUCUUCCAUGAUAUUAUCGUGGAAGACUUUAUCGACUCCUACCAUAACCUUACCCUCAAAACUUUAAUGGGGAUGAGAUGGGUGGCCACUUUUUGUUCAAAAGCCAAGUAUGUCAUGAAAACAGACACUGACAUUUUUGUAAACAUGGACAACCUUAUUUAUAAACUACUAAAACCCUCCACCAAGCCAAGAAGAAGAUAUUUCACUGGCUACGUCAUCAAUGGAGGGCCCAUCCGGGAUGUGCGCAGUAAGUGGUAUAUGCCCAGAGACCUGUACCCUGAUAGUAACUACCCACCCUUCUGUUCAGGGACUGGCUAUAUCUUCUCAGGCGAUGUGGCCGAGCUCAUUUACAAGACCUCACUCCAUACAAGGCUUCUUCACCUUGAAGAUGUGUAUGUGGGACUGUGUCUUCGAAAGCUGGGCAUACAUCCUUUCCAGAACAGUGGCUUCAAUCACUGGAAAAUGGCCUACAGUUUGUGUAGGUUUCGCCGAGUUAUCACCGUGCAUCAGAUCUCUCCAGAAGAAAUGCACAGAAUUUGGAAUGACAUGUCAAGCAAGAAACAUCUCAAAUGCUAAGAUUUUUACUAGUGUAAAUACAUUUCUUUGCUUUUUUAAAGAAAUGGGGCCUGGGGUGUUGAUAUUUUAUAGGAGUCACCAGGGGAGAUGAACUGGUGAAGGGUUUUGUAAAAAGUUUUUUUCCUUACCGCUUUUAGUUCCUUUCUUGGAUUUGCAAAUGUUAGACUCUGGUUGUAGAAACAAUACAUGAGUUAGAAGGACCAUGUUUCAUCCUCAGGUCCUAAGGCAUUGCCAUUGAUCUCAAAAGCAACUUCCUAACAACUGCUAGGAUUCUCAUACUGUGUAUCUGAGAUAAAAAAUCUGGUUCUGGGAAAUUGAAACAGUAAUGUCUUCAUGUCAUCCCUGCAAAAAUGAAUAAUAACUUUUCAAAAACAAUUUAGAAAUGCAGUCAGGAAGACUUGCUGGAUGUGAUUAUUAACAUUAUGUGUGCCAUUACAUUUGAAUUUUUACAUAUAUUGCCAUAUAAUGUGUACAGUAUCUUUGGUUCCUCCAAGAGAUGAACUUAGUACUGGCAGGAGACUGCAGUUAAAAAAUUGGAAAUUUAAACUUGAGACUCAGAUAUUCUAUGUUUAGAAGAUAGCACUGUUUGCUUAUCCAAGGAAUAAACCUAGUCAGUAGGUGGAAUGUAUGUAAAAUGCUGCUUAGUGAGGUAAACAAGGAAUUUGGUUUUUUGCUCUUUCAGAACAAACAUUACUUGAUGCCUCCAAGGAGACUUUGCCAAACAUAAUCUCAUCUGCAUCCCCCCACACAGUGUCGCUAAGUGCAUUUUACAGUUUCUGGCUCAGAUAGGUACAUGUGUAGAAACAAGUUGGUAGGAAGCCAGAACAACAAUAAAUCACAUGGAAAAAAUAUGAAUUUCUGUGUACACUAUAAGUAGCAUAAGUUUAGCAAUAGUAUAAAGAUGCCCCUCCCACACAUUCACAUUUGCAAAGCAUGUAAGCAAAUCUUGGGUACUGAUAUUAUCAAAUGAUUUUGCCCUAAAAUUUAUAGCUAUAAUGCUCUCUAACAUCCCGAGCAUCUAAAUGCCUCUAGCAGCAAUGCUGUUAGGAGGUGUUCUGGAGACUUGGUGGUGAUUAAGUUUCACAAGAAGGAAGGAUUGGGUAGCUUGGGUUCAGGUCUCAUUGAUCUUAUCGUACUUACUGGGUGUGUGAGCAGGAAUCUUCUACCUACUUUGCUUCAAUAUGCUCACUUAUAAAAUGGCUGGAAAUAACACCUACCUCACAGGUGCUGUGAGACUGAAUUGCAUUUGAUAACUAUUCUGACACCCUUAGUUAAAAAGGUGCUACUUAAUGCAGUGUAUUGUGCAUUAUGCUACAUGCUAAAAUAAUUACAGUGAUGGGCAUCAGUGGUAGUAACGUUAUCUUAAUAUAAAAAUCUACCCCGAGAAUACUAAAUAUGAACUAGUAGUGCAUCAAUCCUUCUAAGACAUUCACUUUUCCUUGGAUAAAAGUUAGGUAUUUGGGGAAGCUUCAGUUUCUCUGUCAUUUCUCCUGGCUUCUAUGAAAAUACAUUGUUACUUCAGUGCAUUGCCUUGAUAUUCCAGGGUGCUGAAAGAGAAGACAGCUACCUUUCUUUGGGAAGGAGCCUCUGACUGAGGGUAUAGUGGGGGAAAGUUCGGGAAUUAAAGCACUUGCUUUGCAAAAUGUAUCACAUCAAUUUAGAUCUCAGGAAACAUUUCAUCUGAAUUCUCAGUGAGAACCUUUAGGACAAUUCAUGCUGAACCACCUUUAUCAUAAGAAACAUAGCCACCCAGCAAAGCUACAUAUUGACCAUCUACCAGUCAUCAGAAAACUUGUUUCAUUCAAAGAAAACUUCACAACUGAAAAAGUACAGCUUUUUUUUUUAACCUGACCCUUCAAAGCCCCCCUAAGUUGAUAGCAAACAGGUAGAAAAAAUGAACAAUCUCUUGAAAUCAUUGGCCCUGUCAUCCCUGGCACAAAAGAACCCAAUAUGGCACAGCCCUUCUCAGCCUUUAAUACAUUUUCAUCUUAGUUGGCAAGAAUGUUGAGUUUGAUUAAGAGACAGUAUUAGAUCGCCUGGGGAGAGAGAUACACAAAAGGUGAGCCACCCCUACUCCUCCUCCUCAACUGCUGUGAAUUCCUAUCACUUGAAAAUUCCUAUGGUUUUGUACUUGGUUCGUCUUUCAGCCAUGUAGCGAACCAAGUGUGUAUCUCAGCUAUCAAAUUGCCACUACCUGAUGCUCAGUCAAGCCACCUUUGGUGUGAAGGAAUUGCACAUUGUAAGCAUCAUAUAUGCACAUCUAUGACUUGUUCGGUAUGUGUGUAUGUCUGUGUGUGUGUGUGUGUGUGUGUGUACAUAAUUAAUAGAGCCCUAAUCGUUAAACGGAGCAAAAACCAGAACAUCGUAUGUCUUAAAGAACUAUUUCCUAACUCUUAUGCUAGGUAGUGCCCAUGUGACCAACGUAUAAAUAUUCAUCAGAGACCAUAUGUAUAUAUUUUAAAGACCUUUUUUUCUUCUCCCAAACUGUACUGAUAGCUAGAAUCUGCUUGCUGUGUAACAUUUUCUUCUGCAUGAAACUUGGUGAGGCAAAACCAUUGGUCUGGUGUUUCAACAGCCUAAAGCAUGUUUGCCCUUUGUUUUUUGAAUGUUCAAAAAAUAUUUAAGUCGAGUGAGCCAGAAAAACUAUAAUUUAUAUUUUGUUAAUGUUAUGUCAUUGAUCAAAGUAUACUUUCAAGUAUUUUAAGGCAUUUUUCAAAGUUCUUAUUUCUUUGACAUCAAAUAUUUCAGACAGUAUUGUACCAGGAGUCAUUCAGGCAAUUUUUAUAAAACCUCUGACUGUUCCCUCACCUGUUUUGUUUAUUGUGUACGGAAAACAAAAGGGAGCAGUAAUCAAUCUCUGUAUUCUUAUAUUUUCUCUUUUUUUAAAUUUAUUUUUGGAUAAUAAGUGUUUUUUUUUUUUUUUUUUUUUUUGGUGUCGAGUGUUCGUGGCUUUGUGUCUUCUUACAUUAGAGCAAAUGCCAGUGUCAGUAUAUAGUGCCGUAUUUUUCAGUAACCAAAAUCAAACAUGAAAAUCAUUUCGAUUUGGAUUAAAUUCAAAAACAACAAAACCCCUUUAGGUGGUAUGAUAUGGGGAAAACAUACUCUUUACAGGGAAGUCAAGGAAGGAAUUUUUCAAUGAAAUCUCUUCUAUCAAAAGACAAUGGAAUAUUUGCAUUAAAGCAUCUGGGAUUCAUUUUCUACCUUUCCUAAUAUGUGGGUUUCAUGGGGGAAUUGACUGUCAUUUCUUCUGUAAAGGUAAAGAUAGUUUUUAUAAGCAACAGUAACUUGUGAAUGAAAAAAGUAAUUUACUAGAAACGCUUGAUGAUAAUUGACAUUUAGGUAUAUUGUUAUAUAUGAAUGAUUGUAUUUAUGUAUUUAUUUGUCAAAAUUGUACAUACUAUUUCGCCAAACGUAAUUGUCUGUAAAGUGCACUCUCCAGGUUUGUAGUACUGUUUAGGGUUACAUGGGUUGCCAAACAAGCUGCUAAUCAGAAUACUAUUUUUUUGUAUCGAUGUUAUAAAAUUGAAAAUUGACAAAUAGAUGCUGAGAUGUCUUUACAUUCAAUUUUUUUACCUUCCUCUGGAAUCUUUAACUGUUGAUUGAAAGCACGAUGCUAAUGUACAAGCCCAUUUGUCAUGAGGAAGAUUAUGGUUUCAUAAAGCUGAUUUUUUUUUUAAACAUUGGGACAAAUAAACAGAGAGAGAAUAUGUUUUCCAUUUUGUUUCUUUUCUGAAAGAAUCUCUUUGAUAUGAUGUAAUCCUAAAAAUUAACUGAUGACCUGUUGUUUUAAUUAACCUUCUCUAAAUUCUCAGCAUAGGUAAUAGUUUAAGUCAUUCAUAACUUGUAUGUAAUAGCCCAGUGCAACUUUUCAGUUACUUAAAGAUGAUUUGGUCUAAUAAACCAUGGAUUACUUCAGGAUUUAGGAUACAGACAUCUCUCUAGUCCCUUGGCAACCUCAAGAAGUUCUAAGGGUUGAACACAGAAUAAAUUCCAAUCCAGGAGACAUCAUAUUGAUAACCUAGUAAAUUACAACAUGUUUAAUUUAGGCAAAAUUGUCAUUGUUAUGUUUAUGUUCUUGUGUCUUUUGGAAUAUUGUUAUUUUAAAAGUAAUUGGAGGCCCUCCCUGGUG